CCUCAACAGCCAACGGGGCGAAACGGGUGGAUCAACAUCCUUGGGUAUCUCCUGAAGAGGGCAAUUGCGACAUUUGAGCAUCGGCAUCAGAUUUUGAAACUUUGUACAGUAACACCUCGCAAUGGCAGACGCCUCCAAGCCCAACUGGCAUGAUGCCUUCCCCGCGCCUCGUACCACAGCACCCAUCAUCACACGCGAGGAGGUCCUACCAAACCUCAGUUCUGGUGAUCUGCUCCUUGUGGAUGUGCGCCGAACGGACUUUGAGGGAGGCACUAUCAAGGGCAGCUUGAAUUUGCCUGCACACAGCUUUUACAUGAACAGAGCAGUGUUGUUCGAUUUGUGCAAGCGGGCAGGCGUGAAGAAGGUGGCUUUCUACUGUGGUAAGCAAUGAAGUUCCACUCAUAGUUCUCGUGUCGUCAGCAUCGUGGUGUGUAGAUGGUGCGAGCCCAGUAUCACGUUACAACAGUGCGCUUUGCCCAACUGACUGCACGGUGGCUGAAACUGGACAGGUUCGUCAAAUGGCAGAGGUCCGCGCUGCUCAGGCUGGUUCGCAGACUACAUCGCCGAGAAGAGCGAUGAUCAGAUACAGUCUUUGACACUUGGUGGUGGCAUCAAAGGUUGGGUCAAAGCUG